AUGUCUAUAGUUCUUCGCACUACUUCUAACCACUACAGAACUGUGAACUUUGACUGGUUUGAUAAACUAGUAGAAAGAAAUUCCAAGCAGCUUCGGUACUUUGGCCUUGCAUUAUUCACAGCACUAUCCAUCUACGUUCUUUCGCCAAGCUUACUGAGAAAAGGAGAUAACGACAUGUUUUCAAAAUCCAGACGAAGCGAUAAGUACACGACGGGUCUCAUCAACAAUCGGAAUGAUUGUUUUGCAAACUCGUCCGUACAGGCUCUUUCAGCAUCACCCAAGUUAACCAAUUACAUGAAUGACUUGCUCAAACAGGUUCUGUUUUUAAGGACGUUGCUGGACCGUGGAGAUAGUCAGCCUUCCAGCAUCAAGGGUUCUGAGGAUGCUUCAAAAGAAUCAGAAUCGGCACAAUACCAACAUGACCAGCCCUCUGAGAGACGUUCCAGCUCUUACGAAAACUCACUCGCACCUGGAGCAUCCCGUCCUGCAUUUCAUUCGCUUCGUCCUCAUGCGAAUCUCCAAUCGUUUUCCUCUACAGCAACGAUCACUACGAUGUCUACCCUCGAAGAUGGCGGUGCUGCCAAUGGCCGUGGUCAUUUGGACGGCUUGAAUACGGGAGAUACAUCCGCAGCUCAGAGCACAUCGGACAGCUCGAUAGCGAAAGAAAACGGAGUUUCAACAGCGUCCAGUGAAGAGAUACCCGAGGUUCCGUUGCAUGAAGGUCUUGCCCAAAUGAUUUAUCAGCUACAGCAGAUCGUUGAUACAAGCAAGUACGUAUCAGUGUGGCCAUUUUUGCAUGUUUUAGAGCUCAUAUUUGAUGCUAAAAUCUCCUCCGGCCAGAACGACGCUCAUGAGCUGACACAGGUCAUUUUGGAAUCCCUCGAAAAAGAGAAUGUCAAACUCAAAAAAUUCGUCAAGGAUCAUUCCUUGAAUGUGAUCAUACCUGACUUCCCUGUAAAGGGCUCACUAGCGGACCAUUUGAUUUGUCUCAACUGCCAAGGAUCUUCAAAAGUUGUCACGCAUCCUUUCUCAAUGUACCCUCUGCCGGUUCCUCAAGAAAUGUCGGCAAACCUUUCAGCGAUGAUUGCCGACAACCAAACCGAGACUAUCGACGGCUACGCAUGUCUGUCUUGCAAAAUAAAGGCCAUUGUUCAGAAUGAAGAACAAUUGAAAGACGACAAAAAAUCGGAAGAGGAGAAGGUCAUAUUGGCAACUUUAUCCAAAGUCAUAUCUGAUAUAUUCAUCAAUGACGAUCUUUCGGAAGACUUGAUGAAUUACAUCAACAACUACAAGAAAGGAAGCUGUGACACCAGCGCCAUUAAAUCAAGAAUUAUCAAGAAAACUGUUGUUACCGAAUCUCCUGAAAUCUUGAUUCUGCAUCUCUCCCGGUCGGUCUUCAACGGCACCACCUACUCACGGAACUCGUGUUACGUCAAUUUCGAUGAGGUAUUGCUAACUCAGGAGCAGGAAAUCAAAAACAACAGAUCUGUUGGUGUCAAACCGGUCAAAUAUAAACUCAGGGCCAUGGUCAAGCACCAAGGUACUCAUUCUCAAGGACACUACGAAUGUUACAGACACAAGCCCGACCUUAUCAAGGAUGUGUUAUCAAACCAAGUCGUCAACAGGUCGCCCAUGAUCGAUUUUGGACUUGACUCGAACAAAGAUGCCGUGGCUGCCUGGAAUCAGAUGGCAAGUAAGUCCAGCACGGAUCUGGCAUCCGUUUCAUCUCAUGAGUCCGAUUCGUCUGUACCCUUCCGUUCCGUGUUUCCUGAAGCGAAGCCUGGUUUGCCAUUAACGUCGCCAGUUGUAGACGAAGAUGACUAUAUUGUUGGGCAAGCAACCUCUGGUUCUUCGGGUAUGCCCAGCCGGAAACCAUCAACAUUGAAGAAGAUCACAGGCUUUCUUUCCAGAAGACCCUCUAUUGCAUCUGGUGCCUCUGACGACCAAAACACAGACUCUGGUUCCAACGCUGGUUCAGAUGGAGGCUCCGGUUUUAGACGCAGAAGAGGAAACAGCGUUGCUUCUGUUGGUUCCUCUGCCGUGGGGCUUUCGUCGGAAACUUCAGGCGUUGAAACGACAACCGAUACAAGUGCCAGCGAGCGGGAUGAGGCUGUUGCAACUACCAUCAAAAGAAAAUUCAAGAAAAUCAAAAGCGUUCUCAACUAUCCCUUCUGGAAGAUAUCCGACGCCGCCGUGCGCGAAGCCAAGAUCGAAGAGGUCCUUGGAGAUACAAAGUGCGUUUACAUGCUAUACUACGACCGUGUCGACGAUUAA